GUGUUUCAUAAAGCUGUUCGUAAGUGCCAGAGUUGUGCGUAAGUGCCCUGAGUUGUGCGUAAGUGCCCAGAGUUGUGCGUAAGUACUCCGAGUUGUGCGUAAGGUUGUGCGUAAAGUCGUGCGUAAAGAUACGAACAACUCGGUCCGUUUCAUAAAGGUUUGAGUUGUGCGUAAGUCCAAAAAGUCAUGCGUAACUUUACGAUAGGUUUGGGCUGUUCUUAACUUCAAGAGGUUGUUCGUAAAGUUGUGCGUAAGUGCAGUCAUAGUCAUAGCAACAAAAUGGCUGCAAGAAGGAGGAGGGUUUUCCUGCCAAGAGAGGAUCCAUUUGAUGGCCUGGAUGACAGGAAAAUCAAGAAAGCUUAUCGGUUUACGAGGAAUGGGAUCCUGCACAUUGUAGACAUCAUAAGGGCAGACUUGGAGCACAGAACUCAUCGAAAUAGAGCAUUGCCAGUGCUACUCCAAGUCUGCAUUGCUCUAAUGUACUAUGCUGGGGGCACGUUGCUGUACCAAAUCGCACGUGCCCACAAAGUGAGCAAUGCUUCCGUGAGUAGGUGUAUUCGGAAUGUGACGUUGGCACUAGUUCGACGAAGAAGCGAGUUCAUCAAAUUCCCUACCGGAGCUGAGGCUGAUCGGGUGAAGAAUGAUUUCUUCGUGAUAGCAGGUUUCCCGAGUGUUUUGGGAGCUGUGGAUUGCACGCACGUCGGCUUGAAUUCUGCAGUUCUCGGGGAAAACGAAGCAAUUUACGUGAACAGAAAGUUUCGGCACUCCAUAAAUGUGCAGAUGGUUUGCGACGCAAAAUACGUCAUUACCAACGUCGUCGCAAGAUGGCCCGGAUCAGUCCAUGAUGCACGAAUCCUUAACAUGAGCCACCUUGGAGAGUUUCUGCAAAACAGAAGGGAAAGUGGUUAUCUCUUGGGAGACAGUGGCUACCCCCUAAGACGAUGGAUUCAAACCCCAUUUGGUCAAGACAAAGAUGACACACCUGCGAAGAAAGCCUAUAACAGGGCACAUGCACGGACACGAUGUUUGAUUGAAAUGACGUUUGGACAGCUGAAAAACAAGUUCAGGUGCUUGAAGGGGCAUGGGAUGCAGAUGGAACCAAGGAGAGUCUGUGAUGUUGUUGUUGCAUGUGCAGUCUUGUACAACAUAGCUAAGUUAUUAAAUGAACCACCAGACGAAGAAGAAGAAGCGGAUCAACAGCCUGAAAAUGAAGAGGGAAGAAAUGAUGAAGUCAAUGUGGAAGAAAAUGAUGAUCAUGAGUACCAGGUUGGCCAGAUGGUACAAAUGGAUAUUGUUAAUGAUUUCUUUACAUAG